AUGGUCCGUCCGUCCUGUGACGACUCGAGACCCGUGGCUGAAGUGAAGCCGGACACUUGGUCCGGGACCAGGAAGACCAAGGACGACACAGUCACGCUCACGCAAUCACAAUUCCAGCAGAUCCUACAAGCCAUCGGGCAGGCUAACAAUAACAACAGCAACGUUGGUGCCAAUCACGAAAACCGAGACCUGUCUCCAUUGAAGUAUGUUCCAGAAAGUAAUGGCCAUGCUCCCGAACCCUCCCAGGACGUUCCGAAUACUUUGAGCAACGCUCCUGAUGUGGCGAGGAGGGCAGAAGAGGGCGGCUGCGAGAAGCCCCCCAUCGCCUGCCCCCUGGAUGUGGUCAUCUCUUGUCCGGCCGCCGCACUCUCUUGGUCUUCGGGCGAACUCUCGCCGCUCAGCAAAGUGGAACAGAAGCGACUGCAGUGGGAGAAGGAGAAAGCGGAAAUGAUCGACUGGAACCCUUGGGGUAAGCCCGGUGCAGGAGCUCCGGCAAAAAAGACUCAAGUCGUCGCACCAAUCACCCCCAGGCACAAUAAUCAGCAACUCCUGAUGGUCCACACGUCCACUGCAGUCCCGUACCAGCAGUCGAUGGCUUCUCCGUCCCGCUUCCUUCCUGAACCAUCCCCGGGCCAGUGCCACUCUUUCUUGCCCAACAAGACCUUCUCGCAGUACAACUGCGUAGCCCAACCCAUCAAACCUGUGCCACCCGUCUUCAAGAGCUCCAUUGCAUUUGGGAAUGGGGACAAUGAAUCUGUGGCUAGUGAUUAUUUUAAAAGACAACAAUGGCUACAGGAAUUAGGUGAGGAGGAGCAGCGCAAGGCCCAAGAGCAGAUGUCGGAUCCGAUGUGGAUGAACGGAUGUAAGGAUGAUUCCGAGAGCAUCUCUGUUUCGGUCGACGGAUCCGUGAUGCCGGGGGUUGCCAGGAAUUAUAUGAGGGGUCAGGGAUUUCAGCUGGAUCCAGUUUCGGCAGCAUUGGCCGAAGAACGUCGUCAGAAAGCCCAGGAAUACCAGCGAGCCAUUCGGGAACAGAUGGAAGAAAAGCAACGCAGAUUGGAAGCAGAGCGAGAACGCAAGAAACUGGAGGAGGAAGCAGAGGAAAGAAGGUUGGAGUCGGAGAGAGCCCGCAUCCAUGCAGAAUACGAACAGGAACAGAUGAGGAUUAAGCAGAAAGCUGAAAUGGAGGAACGAAAGCACCAGGUUCUGGUUUCGGCCGUCCAACAGGCCCAGGCUCAGGCCGAGAUGGAAAAGAAGACGAGGAAGAUCCAGAAGAUGUUGCCUCCUCCCCCUCCAGAGUCUGUCCUCGCCUCUCCCAAGAGGACCCAGGAGAAGCAGGAUUUGCCUUCUCUGGUUGAAGAUAAAUUGAAGAUUGAAGACAAAACUGAAGAGCCCCCCGACUCCCCCUCUAGCCACCGCAGGGAGCCCUCGAGAGCUUCCGAAACGGAAUCCUGCUUCUCGGAGCAAAAGGAGUUUGGAGUGCAGACUUCGGAGGACAGGAAGAGCUCCUUCGUGGUGGAUCGGGUGCUCACUCCAUCCAUCUUCAGGGUGAGGGCCAAGACGGGGAGAGGCAAGGACUGCGGGACGCAGACCGAAGCACAGUUCGGGAAGUAUGCCGCCGAAGAUGCGGAAUCCACUGAAAGCAACACGAGCUCCUUCCACAGUCCCCGGCGCAUAGUGAGGGUCCAGCACAGUAAGCCCUGCAAGGUCCAGCGCAGGAUAGUGGAGAUGCCCGAGGAAAGGCCCAAGUGGGGGGUCAACCAGCCCUCCAAGUCCUACGUAAGGAUGACAGAGAGGGACCCACACUUCUCCAAGCGCAAGAGGAUGCAGGAGCUCAGGCGCCAGCAUUGGGCCAGGGAGCUGGCAGCACAAAAGACGGGGGGCCAGUUGAGCACCAGGAGGUCCAACGUCACCACUUCUUACCCCAGCCUGAGGGGCCGCAGGGGGGCCAGCAGCUCAGACUGUACCUUGGGAUACAGCAGCUCAGAGUUCGAGACCAGGUCGUGUCGUCCUUUCCGGAGCAACUCGACUCCCCGUUAUCGCCAGCCAUCCGGAUUCCGAUCGGAUCACGGAUCCGCCGAGACGGUGGCCUACAUGGAGGCCGUGCCCACCGUGGCUCAUCCCAUGCUCAGGCGGAGGGAGUCCCAGAGCUCCGACAACCUGCCCUCCAUCGUGGGGGGCUCGGAGCCCUCCCCCUCCCGCAGGAUCGAAGGUUAUGGCCACCCCUCAUACAGCCUUCCUCCGAUGCGGCGCAAGUGGCACAGUCAAGAGACCUUCCAUCCAGGCAUCUUCCACACCUACAGUCCCCCUCACCUGUUGCACAGGCCGCUCAUGGAACCUUUCCGGCCGGGCCCCAGGCCCAUCAUACAGAGGAGGAAAUGGAGUGACCAAGAGAGUUUUGACCUGGAGAGUGUAGUCCGGUCUCGUGUGGAAGAGGGCAGCAGAGCUUCUUCCGCGGAGAGCAGCGAGAAGAGCGAGAAAUCUUCCGCAGCCUCCUCUGCCGGGAGCUCAGCCAGAAAGUCGCCAGCCAAUCAGAACCCACUUGUUUGUCCAGAAGUAGUGACGGGAAGGCCCACCCCGAGACAAGACAGGAUCUUGCAGAACUUGUCCUCCCUCAGACAGGGCCUGCUCAAAAAACAAAAGGAGCUUGAAAGUUUGAUCAGGAGACCUCCUCCUUACUUUUCAUGACUCUAAAAACUCUGAAAUGAGUUCAAUUAUUUUAACCGGCUGACCGUGACAACUUUU